GGGCGAGCAGUCCCCACCCCUCACUCUCACUCCUCGCCUCUGUUUCCGUCUUCCUUUUCCCCUUUUCUCUUUUCGCUCUUCUUUCUUCUUCCCCAACCGAUUGAAUCAGAAAUCGAGAGAUUCUGCCGAUCUCGGGCCUCUCAUGGAGUGGGUUCGAGGAGACGCGAUUGGCCAAGGAAACUUUGGGUCCGUCAAUUUGGCGAUUCCCAUAAACGGCGGCGGCCUGGCUGCUCCGUUCAUGGCCGUCAAAUCUUGUGCACUUUCCCACUCUGCUUCCCUCAGGAACGAGAAAGAGGUGAUGAGGCAGCUAGGAGACUGCCCGCAGAUCAUUCGCUGUUUCGGCGAUUCUUUGAGUUCCGAGAACGGCGUGAGUCUGUACAAUGUUUUGAUGGAGUACGCGGACGGAGGCAGCCUCGCUGAUUGCCUGAAGAAGUGCGGCGGCGGGUUCCCGGAAUCGGAUGUGCGGGGAUACGCGAGGUCGAUUCUCAAGGGGCUCCUUCAUAUUCACAGGAGAGGCUUUGUUCACUGCGAUAUUAAGCUUCAGAACAUCCUCCUCUGUUCUGCCCCAGAUGGCGGAAAGGACGCAUUGAAGAUUGCGGAUUUUGGGUUAGCCAGAAAAUCGGGGGUGAAGGAGAGGGGUGCUGGAGAUGGGGGGUUGGAGAUCAGAGGAACGCCGAUGUACAUGUCGCCAGAAUCGGUUGUAUGGGGCGAGUACGAUGCGCCGUCGGAUAUUUGGGCUCUCGGGUGUGCUGUAGUUGAGUUGGUGACCGGAAAACCGGCGUGGGAUUGCGGCCGUGGCGGUGAAAUAUUUCAACUGUUCCUCAGAAUUGGGGUCGGCGGAGAGACGCCGGAAAUUCCAGCGGAAUUGUCGGAAGAAGGAAAAGAUUUCCUGAGGGAAUGCUUUGUGAGGGAUUCAAAGAAAAGAUGGACGGCGGAGACGCUCUUGAAUCAUCCCUUUGUCCGCGAUGAUGAAGACACUGUUCCAUUGGACAAGUCCGACGGGCCUUCUACUUCUCCGAGAUGCCAUUUUGAUAUUCCGGAAUGGGUCUCCGUGGCUUCUUCUGUCUGUUCUUCUCUUUCGGUCACGCCGUCGCUGGGAACGAUCACGCGGCUCGAGACGCAGGUGAAAAAUUCGCCUUUUGAUGCAUGGGACGUGCGCUCUCGGUAUUCGCCGGCCGACCGUGUUCAACAGCUGGUGACCGGCGGGAAGCCCGAUUGGUCCGUCUCGGAGAGUUGGGUCACCGUCAGGCCAUCGGAGGAAGAAAAUCAAUAGCUAGAUUGGAAAAGAUAUUUUUUUUUUUUCCUUUUUCCUUUUUACGGUAAUCACAUCAGACGGCUCUGAUUUUUAGUUCUGAUUAUUAGAAAUGGUCUGAUUCUUUGAAUGUAAAUUCAGUAGAUGAAACAGGGGAUGCCUUGAUCAAUUUUGUGUGCCAGUCUAUUCAACGGCUCAUGAUUGGAGCCUCAAGUAGUGAGUGUACGUACAGCCCGGUUCGUGCCGGUGAAACUCUAAUUGAAUUUCGUUUUACUUUCUCGGGAA